AUGAAUUGGGCUACGAAUAUACAAUCAAAAAUCCAGCAGGACGCCCAACAACCGCUAUCAAUAUUAGAAGAUUUAGUUGAAGAUGGCUGCAACUUUGUUGAUGACUUCUUAUCUCGAUUCAAUUCAACUCAAUUAGCUCCAACGACUGAAUUAGUCAAGACGCCAUCUAGGAGACAUGGCAGUACUAGGCGUACAAGAGCAGCAAUUGCUGCUGCACAGAAAUCUGCUAAAAAAAUUCAUCAAAUUAAUGAGGAUGUCUUCAAUGAUAAGCGUGAUGUUAGUGAUGGUCGUGAGCGUGACGCUGAGUCUGUGGAACAACCAAAAUCACCUUCAUUACCGGCAAAAUCACCCUCACGCCUUCCAAUCACAAAGAAAUCUGUUAGAAUGCCUCAAGAUGAGCCCAGUGAGCAUAAGUCACCUAAUUCGCCUAAUUUGCACAAAUCACCUAAAUCACCACCCGUCAAUACUUUCCAUAAAGCUCUCCUCAAUAUUCGGGACGAGAAGCCUGAACAGAACGCGCAAAACAAUCAAAACAUUCAAAAGUCGCAGAAUGACACGAACGAUGCUGCUCAAGUUGAAGAGGUGCUCGAUGAACCAGAAGAAAUACUUAUGCAGCCACAAGCACAAUCACAAGAAGAGCAUAAGCAAAAGACCAGCACAGACUUCACAGCUCCAAUUAGAAGGGAUGAUGAUGCAAAAGAUAAGACAAAGAGUCCUCCACGCAAAUCAUUAGCUUUCGCCUCCCUCCCCAGACGUUCACCAUUGAAGAAAUCAAUAUCAACAGCCAAAGACAGCAAGGAUCCAUCAAUAUCACGUGCUUCGUGGCUCAGCCAUUCUGUCAAACCCGGUCCAAAUGGUUUGGAAUCUGAACGUAGUAGCUCAAUUGCGACUGUAACCAGUGGUAAACGUAAAUCUGAUAAAAUGGAUGAGAGUACUGUUGAGAAUGGCCAAUCGCGCAAAUUUAACAAGUCAAUGUCACAAGAACAGCAGCAGCCACAUCAAAUCAAUGAACCAAAGACUCCUGCUGAUGCUCUAGCAUUAAAGACUGCUGAAAUUCGUAAACGUCUCACUCAAGUCGCGGGAACUCAGAAGAAACCUAAUCUGUUUGACUUGCCGCCUAAGGAGGCACCUGUAAGUUUAGCAAGUGAGCCAAUAAUGCAAUCGGAAGAGGAUGUGAAAGUUUCACAUUCGCAAAGACAAUCGCAGUCACAAUUGCAACCCUCUCAAUCGCAUUCAAAGUCACAGCAGUCGUCUGUCAAUGCUCCUUUAGUUCCUGCAGUACCGAUCGAUGAAUCUACCACCCCUCCUAAUAGCCCACCUAGGAAACGUGCUGUUGAUAGCUGGGACAGCAGAAUGUCUGCCAAUUUCCCAGGCGCUUAUCCUGCUUCUGAUACUGGUGCUGAACAGAAGGAAACUAGUGAUGAGCAAGAAGAGGAGCAGGAGCAAGAGCACGAAGAGGAGCCAAUUGUAGAACAUGCAACAGAACAACAACAAGCACCUACACCAGUACCUGAAGCCGCUGAUUUAAAUCAAGUUGACCAUAUGAUGCCGGAUGAUGAAGCUGCACAAAAGCACACAGAGGAAAACGAAAACUCCCACAAGUCCUCAGUCAAACAUCAAGAUAAAGAUGAACCGAUGGAUCUUUCGGAAAUUACGCAGCAGCAGAAAAAGCAACAAGAAAAAGAAAAAGCAGAGGAGGAGGACAAGAGUAAAAAUAAGAGGAAACAUAACACACACGAGGAGCUGGAGGAGAAUGAUGGUGAUGAAGAAGAUCAAUACAGGCCUAACAAGCAACAAGCAACAUUAAAGCAACCACAGCCUAAGCCUUCGCUGAGUGUGAAACCAUUGCAGACUACCAACAAGUUCCGUCCACGCGCUGGCAGUACGGAUAAUGACAAGAAGAAUCAAUUCUCUAACAUGCUCAACUCGAAUGUUACACAGAUGGGCAAAUCACUCAAUAAAAAGCCAUCAGCGGUGAGGAUGUCAAGCAGCACAACAGGACACCAACGUAUGCCAUCGCAGGUUUCUGUGCAAUUAGCGCAGAAGGAUGCGGCUGAGAGGGUAGCAGCUGAGAAGGAGAAGGAGAAGGAGAAAGAGCGCAAGGCAGCGCAACGUAAAGAGCAAGAGAUGAGGCGCGUUCAAGCGCAGAAAGAGGCGCACGAGAAACAGGAAGCCGAACGUAGAGCUCAGCGUGAUGAGUUGGCAAAGAGGAGGAGAGAGAGAGAGGAAGCGGCAGCGGCGAAGAAAGCACAGCAGCAACAGGAGAGAGCGCAGCAACAGCAAGAGAGAGCACAGCAGCAACAAAAAGAUAGGGAAAGGGCAGCUGCAGCUGCGAGCAAGAAAGCGAAUGAAGAUGAGAGUGCGAGUCGCAAGCUUGGUACAUCAACAACAGGCGCAAUGAGACCUAUGCAUCAGCGUACAACAGCAACGCGCGUCUCUAAUGCACCUGUGCAGAGAGGACUCAGACCUAGUGCAUCGAACGGUACACUCGGGUAUAAGGCGAUGAACAAUGCGCAGUCUGCUAGCACGGCAGUCAGAGAUGGCAAGGAGAAGGAAAAAGAAGCAGAAGCAGCACUACCACUGCCUAAACCAGUACCACUGCUCAACAACAACGCAUCACAUAAUACCGAAUCGAUAGAGUUACCUGACAUCAACAGUGAAUAUAGCGAUAGCGAGGAUGACGCGCCGAAGAACUACGAUCUGCCACGUUGGGCUGAGUCGCCAAAUCUGAAGGCGCAACUGCAGAUGCAAUCAACUAUUAACCCCGAUGAGGUGUUUGGUAUGAUGCGUCCACUCAGUAUGGACGAUAUUUUUGGGGUCGGCCAGGCAACGAACCCUAACCGCCACAAAUUCAGAGCUAGGACGAGUUCAGCUAACUGGAGCGGUGCUGAUAAGCUCACACCGGCAGAGGAGCUGGCUUACGCGGAGAGAAUGGGUUUCCAUGGGACGACAUCGAAGGAGAAUAACGGGAAGAAGAAGUAG